AUUUUUUAAUGCAAAUUCGCGGAACAGCUCAUUUUCUUCUGCUAUUUACGUUCUUUGACAUUACCUGUCAGAUUUAUGCUGCUGUAGGUACAUCAACAACCAGCUAGAAAGUUUACGCUUUUACAUGCCUUUUUUGCAAGUAAGUUUUGAUUUUGGAAGGUGAAAUAUGGCAGCAAUAUUUUACACUGAAGAUGUGACUAAGCUGUUGAGAAAUUCAUUUGUUGUCAUUAUAGGGGACUCGAAUCAGCGUGGCGUGUAUAAGGAUCUAAUAUUGUUACUCCAAUCCAAUCGCUACCUUACAGAUCAGGAACUCAAAAGCAAGGGUGAAAACUCAUGUCUGAAUGAUGUCCAAUUGGAACAGAGUACAAUGUCCAAUGGGACAGAUUAUAGGGAAGUCAGAGAGUACAAGACAGAUUACCAUUGGAUCAGAUUCUAUUUUGUGACUCGUGUCAACAGUCCAUAUAUGAAGACCAUCUUUACGAGUCUAAUGGAUCUUAUUCCCGAUAUUUUGAUCAUGAACUCUUGUCUUUGGGAUAUUUCAAGGUACGGGCCCCACUCCAUGGCUGCCUACAAGAAGAACCUCAAAAAGACAUUUCAAAUGCUGAGGGUGUCAUUCUGGGACAGAUGUAGAAUUAUUUGGAACACUGCUUUGCCUGUGGCAAGCAAAGUAAAGGGAGGGUUUCUUUUGCCUGAGUUAAGCUCCUUGUGCGAUUCUUUAAAUCUCAACGUUAUGGAGGGCAAUUACUACGCAUGCCAACUUGCCAAGUUUCACGAUUUUGAUAUUGUGGACCUAAAUUAUAUGUUCAAGGACUUGCUGCAUUGGCGUGCAGGGGAUGGCAUUCACUGGCAGAUGAGAGCCCAUCGACGAAUAACUAAUAUCAUACUUACACACAUCUGCUCAACUUGGGGUGUUCAGACGCCGCGUCACAAUUUUGAUACCUUCCAAGCUGUGUCAGCACACGUUAACAUGAGGUUAGCACGACCUAAUCAGGAAGUUAACAGUGAACCCAGGCCAAAGGUCGCAAAAUUGUGUAACUUCACAGAGUUAGAUAAUUUGCCUCAAUAUCUGGAUUUUGACAGUGAGCCAAAACCGAUCCAUCCCAUAAUCACACCUCGAGUAAACAAGAAAGACCAAAGUCAAUCCUUCGCUGCGCCAAUUUCCCAUGUUGUGAGUGCAUCGAACCCACCCAAAGUAAAUGCUCAACGCAUCCCUCCACUUAUGCAAAUGCGUAAUCAGCAGAAUUCUGUUGGAACCCCUCAUAUUCAGCCAGAACCAUGCCAACGGGUCUUUCAUCAACAGAAUCUGCAUGCUAUGCAACAGUUUUGGAAAAUGUAUGUAGCGCAAAGUUAUGGCUACAAUCACUACAACGAAGAGUAUGCUCCUCACAUGUUCUGUCAAUAUCCAGAUCUCAGGGCACCCAGACACGCACCGUACGUACACCGUAACAUUAUGCAUAGCCGUAGGAUGGAAUACUCACGGCGCCAGCAAGAGCGAAUUGCAAUGGAACGCAGAAGGGCCUUCAGACACCUUAUGUACUAAUGUUAGCAAUUAUGCUAUCAUAUGGUGUAUGAACAGUCAGCUCAAAAAACCAAAACCAUGGUUUUUGUAUAUAUUGUACAAAAUUUUUUAAAGCCAAAGAAUAUUCUACAGUACCAGUAACAAAUGACAUAGUACAGUUACGAAUCAGUUAGUAAUUGCCUUAGAAUUAGAAUAAUCUUAAUUUUGUGACUUAAGACAAAAAAAUAAACUAAUUUAAAAGACCAAAAAUCAUUUUUAACUUUCCCAUUAGCCUUGAACAAAUCUAGUAGAUAAGUGUGUUUUUAUAUAUUUUAUAUUAUGUUAAAAAAGGCAGACUAGGCUACAUUGUUGAAAAAAGGAUGGUACUUUUGGAUACACCCACAAACAUUUAGUCUGAUUGCAGGUAAAUGCAUUGGUUGAAAAUACCAACAAAUCAAAUUUUUAAUUUUUUUUUACAAUUGCCAUAUAAUACCGGAAUUAGGAUAUGCUUUUCAUGUUUGAAAAGCGCAUUCUUAAUUUUCUCAGAAAAGUACAAAUUAUAGAUCUGUUUCUUCCAAAUUUCCAUCCAUGUUUGCUGGUUUCAAAAGUGUAGUUAUGUUUCUAGAUAAACAAUGUGACAUUGAGAAGGUAAAACGUUUUCUUUUAUAUUUUUGUAAUGCAUUAUUUUUACUUUUAAAUCGUUGUGAUUUUCAUUGCGAUAUGAUAUAGGUAUUAAAUAUAUUUUGUUGAUUAAAA